CGCUGGCGGCAACCUGGAACCAAACCUUGAGCAACGCCACGAGCCAGUGGAGCGGCUCGGCGGUCUACUGUGACACCUCCAUCGACGGCAUCGGGACCUGCUGGCCGCGGAGCAGCGCCGGUCAGAUGGUGUCGCGGCCCUGUCCAGAGAUGUUUUACGGCGUCCGCUACAACACCACCAAUAGCGUUUAUAGAAAGUGUCUGUCCAACGGGACGUGGGCGCUGAAGGGGAACUACUCCAUGUGUAAGGCCAUACUUCACCAGGAGAAAAAAGGGAAGAUGCACUACCAGAUCGCCGUGAUCAUCAACUUCCUGGGUCACUGCAUCUCCAUGCUGGCUCUGCUGGUGGCCUUCUUCCUCUUCCUGUGCUUGAGGAGCAUCCGCUGCCUGAGGAACAUCAUCCACUGGAACCUGAUCACCGCCUUCAUCCUGAGGAACGCCACCUGGUUUAUUGUGCAGAUGACCAUGAGCCCCGAGGUGCACGAGAGCAACGUGGUCUGGUGUCGCCUGGUCACCGCCUCCUUCAACUAUUUCCACUCCACUAACUUCUUCUGGAUGUUCGGGGAGGGCUGCUACCUCCACACUGCCAUCGUGCUCACCUACUCCACCGACAAGCUGCGCAAGUGGAUGUUCAUCUGCAUCGGCUGGUGUAUACCCUUCCCCAUAAUUGUGGCGUGGGCCAUCGGGAAGCUGUACUACGACAACGAGAAGUGCUGGUUUGGGAAGCGAGCGGGCGUCUACACCGACUACAUCUACCAAGGACCCAUGAUUCUUGUCUUAGUGAUCAAUUUCAUUUUCCUCUUCAACAUUGUGCGGAUCCUCAUGACCAAGCUGCGAGCCUCCACCACGUCGGAGACCAUCCAGUACAGGAAAGCCGUGAAGGCCACGCUGGUGCUCCUCCCUCUGCUGGGAAUCACCUACAUGCUGUUCUUCGUCAACCCGGGAGAAGACGAGAUCUCUCAGAUCGUCUUCAUCUACUUCAACUCCUUCUUAGAGUCGUUCCAGGGUUUCUUUGUGUCAGUGUUUUACUGCUUCCUAAACAGCGAGGGUGCGCUCGGCGGUGAGGAAGCGGUUCCACCGCUGGCAGGAGCAGCACUCCAUCCGGGCCCGGAUGACCAGGCCAUGUCCAUCCCCACCUCGCCAUCCCGGGUCAGCUUCCACAGCAUCAAGCAGUCCACCUCGCUAUGA